CAUUCGUGACAAUUAUUUAGAACAAAACUCACAAAUACUAGUGACAUAAAGUUAUAUACUGAGAGGUAUUACACAGAUUAGUAAAACACCAUUGUUCUCUUUUGGCUCUCGUACCCUCAUCCAUGAAUUAACUGUACCAGAUCAUCACAGAAACACCAGAAACCCAACAUUCGCGUCUUGCCUCAUCUCACGACAACCCUAUACCUGCUACGGGAAGAAUAUAGAGAAUCUUGUUGAUAUUGUCAGGCUUUGGAUACUUAUAGAUCUUCUACUACAUUAAACUGACUUCUGGAAUCAAAUUUCAUUAACUAAACACAUCCUAGACAUAUUUCUAGAUCUAACUAAAGUCGUUUACCAUUCGUAUACAUUUGCAUUUAUUGAAACUGUCACCAUAAGUCAGUAUUCACUUUACCCACUUUUCCAUAUUCAUUCACAUCCUCAUAAUUUAUUCCAGGUCAGCAUGCUCAAAGAGAACGAUAUCAUAUCAAAGGUGCUUCUCACCAUCGACCACUGCAAAGCUAACAUGGCUCUGUUCAAGACAGCCAUCACCAGCAACGAGUAUACUCCGCUUAACUCCAGCUGUUUCAGCCGAACCCUUGUCUGGAAAGCAUGUCUCAUCACCGAUAGCUUGAAAAUCCACACCUGGGAGUCGAAGCUCAGCGAUUCUCGCGUAGUUUACCACCAGCUCACAAAGAGAGACGAUAUGGCGGUGCCGUGGUGGCAUCUUGAAUCUGAUAGCAGUUUUUAUUCUAGUAGAGAAAUGUCCCGUAAGCCAAGCUUGAAGAACUCCAAUUCUGCUGCCAAAAGAAGCCGGAGCUUGGGUAAAGUCCCUCUCACCCGGGUUUCCAACGUCGAAGACCCUCUUUCCAGUCACAGUAGAUCCAGAAGCAGCACGCCUACGAUUCCCUACGAAUACACGGAAGAAGAUCUCGAGCUAUUACAAACCAUCAUUCUCGAUAUUGACCGUCUUUUCCCUGGGGAAGAAUUUUUCCAUUCAUCCAAUGCCACUUCUGUUGUAGCCAAGAAACAGAUGAUCGAAAUUUUGUAUGUUUGGGCCAAAUGCAAUCCACAAGUGGGCUACAAACAGGGUAUCCACGAGAUCUUGGGUUUAUUGUACAUCAAUCUCAGUAAAGAAGCUGUGACAAUACCUAUUUCAAACACUAUAUCAGCAGAUGACUUGAAAAUCCUCACAAUGUUCGAUAUUCACUACUUGUCGCAUGAUUUGUUUACCAUUUUCAACAAACUUAUGCUACAGAGUGGAGUCGUGACCCGCUUUUACGAAAACGAAAAUGUGCUCUGGCAGUCCAUCGAGAAAUUCAACGUAUACUUGAUGAAAGUGGAUCAAUUAAUUCACUACAAUUUGAUUCAGAAACUAAGAUUAGAAUCUCAACUCUGGAUUAUUCGCUAUUUACGUCUUCUAUUAUUGCGUGAAUUGGGAAACGACUUGGAAACAACCAUCUUACUCUGGGACAAGUUGGUAGCAUCACAAUUCUCUCACCAUAACGGAAAUACAAUCACUGCCAUCCCCGAGCUCAUCAUGUUCAUGAUCAUCACACUUUUGAUCCAGUUGAAGACCCCAUUGAUUACAUGCGACUUCUCUGAAGGUUUGUCUUUACUUUUGCAUUAUCCCGUUCCAUCGGGAUUGAAAUCUAGUGCUUCAAGAAGCGACUUCAUCGCUGCUCUCUAUAAGGACGCCGCUAGACUUUAUGAGCGUAGAGAUAAUGAUCUCAAGUUGUACGAGUACGGUCUCAAACUAAACAAUACAUACAAUCGCAAUCUCAAAAUCACCAUGAGCUACUCUGGGAGCGCUAGAAAUAGCACCGACUCAGCCGGUAGCGGACGUGGUACUUCUAUAAGCCCGUCACCUACUCCUCCCACAUCUCAGUUGCCACCAGCUCCUCCUGGUGGUUCAAAAGAAGAACAGAUGAGGUUUGAGAAGAUGCGCCUUGAGAUGCGCUUGAAGAAGAAAGCGCAACUGAUGUUACGAAACUAAAUAAUUGCAUUCUAGAAACGAUAAGUAAUACUUCUAAUAGAUCAUCACAGUU